AUGUUGUUACUGAAGGCUGCUCAGAUGAAGAGAUUUGAGAGGGAAAAGCUGAACCGAAUCAACCGGGCUCGGGAGCAGGGCUGGAGACAUGUGCUCAGUUCCAGUGGAGGCAGCAGUCCUGAGCGAAAGUUUUAUGGGAGUGGUGGUGGCGGCGGCAUUGGAGCACCACAUUCUCCUGGAAUAGGCCCCUCCCCUGUGCCUGGCCCCACCCAUGCCACACCUUAUCUCCCUGGCCCCACCCCUAUUGCUGCUCCUGUUCCUGCUUUAGCUCCAAGCAGAGCUCCAUAUGACCACGUCCACCCAGCAGCUGAAAAACCAUCCAAACCUACACCUAAAGUUGGUGCUGGAGAAGCAGCCAAGUCUUCAGGGGACAAUGGCAGCACUGCUGCAGAAUCAGGGACGCUGAAUGGUCAUGCCUGCAUCCCUGUUAAGGAUGUUGUCAGGAAAGAACCACGUAAAGCAAGUCUCCAAAACGAGCAGAUUUCAAAGAACGACUAUGCCAAUAGGUUUCGAGGUCAGCUGGCGGCAGAGAGGGCUAAGCAGGUGGAAGAGUUUCUACAGCGGAAAAGAGAAGCCAUGCUGAAUAAAAUCCGUGCGGAAGGACAGCUGGGGGCCCGGCAAAACCUGGCCGCCAUCUUUGCAAGCUGGACAAACUCCUCCCGAUGCAGGAGACCCCAAGUCAACAAAGAGGAGGAGGUGUACUUGGCGAGAUUACGACAGAUCAGACUACAGAACUUUAAUGAACGCCAGCAGAUCAAAGCUCGCCUCAGAGGAGAGAAGUAUGACAGUGACUGCUCAGACAGUCAGGAGUCAUGUGAAGAGGCUGUACUCAGGAGGAAGAAGAUCGAGGCUUUGAAGGCCCAGUCAAAGGCUCGUGCUGCUGUACUUAAAGAACAGCUGGAAAGGAAGAGAAGAGAAGCAUAUGAGAGAGAGAAGAAAGCAUGGGAGGAUCAUCUUGUUGCACGAGGAGUGAAGGUUGCUGUUGGAGCUGUGGGUGGAGCUCCACCUCCUGCAGCACCUGCCACUCAGCCAUCUGACUCCACCCCUCAGGAAGAUGCUUCCAAAGCCACACCCUCCUCUAGACCCACCACUCCAGCCAUCUCCAUGACUGCUGCUCUGAAGGAUGUAGGCGCGAUUUCAUCAGGGCAGAGUUCUCUUAUGAAAGAGGACUCCCUUAAGGCAGAAACAUCUGGUGUACAGAGUGACAAGAAGGAGAUUCUUCGCAGGCUUAAUCAGAAGGUCCAGUCCACUGAGGAAGAUGCGGUGAAAGAUCCCACACCUUGCAGCAGUGCACCAUGCCCAACUCCUCAACAGAUCCAGCCUUCCAUCACAGAGGAAAGGCCGCCUACAGCUGGUGAUAGGAGGAAAUGGGAAGCUGUAGCUCCACCCAUAUUGUCUGUAGCUGAACAAACUCUGGAGGAGACCAUUGCAACUUUGGCAGUGUCUCAUUUGGCAUCUCCAGAGACGAAUGCUCUCUCUGGUGGAGACAGGAAGAAGUGGCAAACUGAUGGUACCCCUCUUCUGUCUGUGGCUCAGCAGACUCUGGAAGAAACCAGCUUUACAACAGCAGGUCAGCUAACAGCAGGUGAAGUCAUUUGCAUGGAUGCUUGGCACGGGGAGGGGCUAAGGAAGGCUUGGGGGCAGAGUCCAGACUCUGAGGUUCUGAAGGUGUUGGAAGCGGCAGAGCUCCAGUCCUUUACCCAGAAACUAGAUCCCUCCAGCACCUGUGACCACACACUGACUGAAAGCCUUAGUCUCAUUGAAGAGUCUUUAGAUGUCACUGAUGAAACCAAACAAGUGCCUCUUCCUCAGCCAUGCCAGCUUGCCAUUGGCCUUGCCAAACAAGAAGUGACAUGUCAGGAGAUAGUGCCAAUCACUGCAGAGGUUAAAAGUCUGGAAAUAAUCCCACCAACACCAGAGGAGAUAAAAAAGACUCAGUCUGGAGAAAGUGAGGCAGAGGUGGUAGAUGAUAUGGAGUCAGUAGUUGUGGAUGAAGCCUCUCAGCAACCCUCAAAGCCACCCCCAGCAGAUGUAAUGCAAGCAUGGAUAAAUGACACUCCAGUGUCUCCGCCAGCAGAGGGCAGAGUAUUACAAGCAGAGUGCACAGAGAUAACGCGCAGAGAAGAGAAACAGCCUGAACCUGCAGUUGAUGAGUCUCUGUUUGUGAAGAUAAGCAGUAGUCCAGCUCACAGACGUACAGUAGCUUUGGCCAUCCUGUCUGCUCAGUCCUCAUUGGAAGACUCUUCCUCUGUCACCUCGCGUUCCCGCUCUGUCUCUCCAAUGCGCUCCCACCGGCGUGAUGACGCACUUCUCAUUGGCCUCUCCACUGGCCUCUUCGACGCAAACAACCCAAAGAUGCUGAGGACUUGCUCCUUACCAGACCUCAGUAAAGUGUUCAGUGAUGCUGCAGAACCUGAAGGUGCAGUCGCUCCUGACAGCAACCUGGAGAUUGAAGAUUUGGAGGAUAAAGCGGACGAGCAGUCUGAACCUGAGGAUGUGUAUGAGGAUGAUGAUUUGAGGGAGCUCCGAGCAUCUAUGGAGAGGCUUCUCCAGGAGCAGUGUAGUGAUGAUGAAAAUGAUGAUGAAGAGGAGGACGAUGGUGGUGGAUCCAACAGCAGCCCGGCUGAUGAAGAGGCAGCUGGUGAUGACAAGGAGUGUUUUAAUGGAAUGGCUGAGGAAGAUGAGGAUGUUAGCCAUGGUGAAAAAGAGCCAGGAGGGCCAGUUACUAACGGAAUGGAGGUUGAGGAAGAUGAAGAGCAGAACAGCAGUGAAGGCCAGCUCAAUGAGGAGUGGCAGUCUGAUGACAGUGAGGAAGAGGACGAUGAAGACCUAGAGCAACAGGACAGUAUCUUCAGUCGUCUGGAGGAGCUGCGGUUCCAUCUAGAGCAGGCCAUGGGCUUUGAAAACUUCAUUCAAGCCUACAACAAGAUCAAGGCUAUUCAUGAGGAUGAAGAUGAGAACAUUGCUAUGGGCUCCAGCAUGGUGCAAAGCAUUUUGGGAACUGAGCACCAGCACUUGUAUCCUAAAAUCCUCCAUUUGGUGAUGGCCGAUGGAGCUUACCAGGAAGGUAAAAAAUAG